AUGGCCAAGGGGAAGAAAGCCCGUCAGCCUAAAGGUAAGAAGAUCACGCUGAAAAUGGCCAAGAGCUGCCUGCAGCUGACCCUGGACGGCAAGCGGCGCCUGGACCUCAGCAAGAAGGAGAUCACCGCCGUGCCCAAGUGCAUCCUGCAGCUGUGCGACGUGGACGAGCUGGACCUGAGCAGGAACCUGAUCAAGAAGCUCCCGGACUUCAUCGACCGCUUCGCCAACCUGCACCUCCUGGAUCUGCACAGCAACCAAUUGGAGCAGCUGCCCCAGACCAUCGGCCGCCUGCAGAACCUGCUCACCUUGAACUUGUCCCACAACCGGCUGACCGCCGCCUCCCUGCCCAGCGAGCUCGGCCUGCUGGGAAAACUCCAAAACCUCAACCUGGGCCUCAACCAGCUGGAGACGCUUCCCGCCUCCAUCGGCGCCCUCAGGGAGCUGCGCCACGUCGGCCUCUUCGACAACCGGCUCACCCGCUACCCGGCCUGCCUGCAGCGGCUGAAGAGCCUGGAGAGGGUCAACCUGGACGGGAACCCCAUCCUGACCGAGCAGCCGGCCGACCUGGAUCCCAUCCGCAGGGUGGAGACGCUGCACCUGGUCAAGGAGAGCUCCCUCUGCGCCGACUGCGUGUCCAAGUUCCAGACGGAGAGGAGGAGGCUGGAGGAGAUGGCCAAAGCGGAGCCGGUCAAGUCCAAGCUUCUGCUCGCCGGGUUGAUCCCGCCCCGCUCGGACGACCAGGAGACGUGGAGGUGAAAAGCUGGAGGAGGAACCCCGGAAGACGGCGGGGCGUUUG